AAAACAACAACAACCUCAUAAUGUCAAUGUCAAUUAUCGAUGACAUUUUACUGAACAAGUUGUGUAACAACUUUGGAACAAAUCGAGGAUUUUUAAACGAUAACAAUGCUUUCCUACAAAUAUUACGAUACGCCUGAGGGCCAAGAUGUUUAUAAAAAAGUAUUUGUUACAUCAAAAUAUGCAGCGAUAAGCGGUCUAGGAGUAGCAACAUACGAUGUUCUCAUGUACUCGCAUCCUAAAGGAUUUUUCAAUACUGCCUACAGAUAUGCGUUUUACAUGACCCCCAUGGUGGGCAUGGCAGCUGCUUUCACUGUUACCGCUAACAUUGCACAAAAUGUAAGAGAAAAGAACGAUGUUUGGAACUAUUUCCUCGGCGGUGUGACGUCUGGAGCUGUUUUCGGUGCUUGGAAGAAAUCAGUAGCAGUCGCAGUUCCAGUGGCCCUCAUUCUCGGAGCUAUUGGUAUGAUAAAGAAAACAGCCAUUGAUAACGACUGGGUACUGGUUCCAGAGAUCACCACUGCCCAUAAGUCUGUAAGAUCUGUAAAGCACGACUGGACUCUUGCUAAAGAUAUUGAAGAACUUAAAUCUUGGAAAACUGGUUCCAACUAAUCUCGCCAGCAAACAAAACUUAUAACAAAUAGAAUGUAAAUACAAUGAACAUCUUUAUUUAAUUGUUGUGGAAAUAUAAGUGUAAUGCCAUGAUUGUGUAUUAUUUGAUAAUAAAAAUAAAUCUUUUAUUUAGGUUUCAUAAUA